UACCGGCAGCCUGAGGGCUGUGUUAGUACUCGGAGUGGAGCGGAAGUCCCCGAGUUAGUCAGAGAGUGGCUGUGAGGAGCUGGUCGGCCGCAGGGAGAAAGUUGUUGCUUGGCGCCCCGCUCCCGCUCGCGCUCGCGCUCCUGACGGACAACUCUCCCCCUCACACCCCCCUCCCGCCGCCGGGAGAUGAGGCGCAGGCAAAAGCGGCUUCUGCAAGCGGCCGGCUUAAUCCUCCUCACUGUCCUGUUCGUGCACAACACCGGGCUCUGGUCUCUUUACAAAGGGAAGCAGUUCGUCAGCCCGACUGGAGCCAUACAGGGUUUACCAAUCAAGGUGAGACAAAACGCCAUUUUCACUGGAACGGCGCUAAGGAAGAAAGAUUGGCAUGACAAUGAAGGAAUCCGAGCAGAUGCAGCAAAAUCGGGAUUUGGUGAACAAGGGAAACCCGUCCCAAUGUCUGAUGGGGAUCGAUCUGAAAAAGCAUAUAUCGAAAAUGGUUUCAACAUCUAUAUCAGUGACAAAAUCUCUCUGAAUCGGAGCCUCCCAGACAUUCGGCAUCCAAACUGCAAAAACAAAUUGUAUAUGGAGAAACUUCCAAAUUCCAGUAUCAUUAUACCAUUCCACAAUGAAGGUUGGUCGUCGCUCCUUCGAACUGUGCACAGUAUCCUUAAUCGCUCACCUCCACAACUUAUUGCAGAAAUCAUACUUGUCGAUGACUUCAGUGACAGAGAACAUUUGAAAAAGCGCCUGGAAGAAUAUAUGGCACGAUUUCCGAAGGUCAGGAUUUUGCGAACUAAGAAGCGAGAAGGUUUGAUUCGUACGCGGCUACUGGGGGCCUCAAUGGCAACUGCAGAGGUCAUAACUUUCUUGGACUCUCAUUGUGAAGCUAAUGUGAAUUGGCUGCCGCCAUUGCUUGACAGAAUUGCUCAGAGCCGCAAAACAAUUGUGUGCCCUAUGAUCGAUGUCGUUCACCACGACCAUUUUGGAUAUAGCACUCAGUCUGGUGAUGCCAUGCGAGGAGCAUUUGACUGGGAGAUGUAUUAUAAACGGAUUCCCAUUCCACCAGAACUACGUAAACCUGAUCCAAGUGAUCCCUUUGAAUCACCUGUCAUGGCUGGCGGUUUGUUUGCUGUUGACAGGAAAUGGUUCUGGGAACUGGGUGGAUAUGACCCAGGUUUGGAUAUUUGGGGCGGAGAGCAGUAUGAAAUAUCAUUCAAGGUGUGGAUGUGUGGAGGACGGAUGGAAGAUGUUCCUUGCUCCAGAGUAGGGCACAUCUACAGGAAGUAUGUUCCCUACACCUUUCCAGGUGGAGGUGGCUUGCCUAGAAAUCUGAAAAGAGUUGCUGAAGUUUGGAUGGAUGAAUAUGCUGAGCACCUUUAUAAGCGAAAACCAGAAUUCCGACAUAUAUCUGCUGGUGAUGUGAAUCCACAGAAAGAGCUGCGGAAUUCCCUUAAUUGCAAAAGCUUUAAGUGGUUCAUGACAGAAGUGGCCUGGGAUUUGCCAAAAUACUAUCCACCGGUGGAACCUUCAUCUAGUGCAUGGGGAGAGAUUCGUAAUGUUGGUACCGGCCUUUGUGUGGACAGUAAACAUGGGUCUUCUGGCUCACAGCUGAAACUGGAACCAUGUGUCAAAGAUGGUGUAGAAGGGUCUUGGUCACAUGAACAGAUAUUCACGUUGGGUUGGCGAGAAGAUAUUCGGCCGGGAGAUUCCUUACAUGCUAGAAAAUAUUGUUUUGACGCAGUUUCACAAAACAGCCAAGUAACGCUAUUUGAUUGCCAUGGAAUGAAAGGAAAUCAACUAUGGAAGUACAAAAAGGGCAAGACUUUGUACCAUCCAGUCAGUAUUAGCUGCAUGGACUGCAGUGCAAAAGACAGAAACAUUUUUAUGAACACCUGUAAUCCUUCUUCUCCCACUCAGCAAUGGAUAUUUGAAAAUAUAAACUCAACAGUCUUGGAAUUAAUGAACAUCAAAGAUUUGUAGUGACUUUUAUUUAAAACAUUGAUAUGUAAUCAUUCAUUUUUUUUAAUUAAGAAUGUUUUUGAAGGGUUUUUUAUAGCUGAAUCCAGGUUUUUUUAUAAUAAUGGCUUUUUGGAAGGUUUAAUCUCAGGAAAGAACAGAUGGGGAAAGGUAUGUAUUAAUGAUGAUAUAAGACACUCUUGUUGUGGACCAGUGCUUGUAUGCUAAAAUAUAAAAACUUGAGCUAAUUUCUAGUGCCUUGCAAGUGAAAAGCAGAAGUACAAGUGACAGUGGUUCAGAUCACACUCUGGCAAUUGGCAGUCUCAUUAUUUAGUGAUUGAUUUCCUCAAUUAAUUAAAGCACGUUAUAACUUUGUAAAAAUUAAUGCAAGCAAUUAUUUAAAUUAACUGAUGUCAUAUAAUUUAAAAAAAAAUACUGAGGUGGAAACUUUAAAAUUAAAUGCAAAUAUUUUCUAAAAUGAUGAAAAGACUAUAUGAUUUUACCACGACCUUGUCAUUUGCUGUGGUUUCAAAAGUCAGUUGAUAAUAUAUCACAUUAGUUUAUUCUCUAUUUUAUUUAAAUAUCCUAACUCCAAGAAAUACUUUUGGAAGAGCUCUUGAAAUUACUUGGAAUGAUAUAAGAUGUACUAUGGUGCCUACAUUGUAUAUUUUCUGGGAGAGAGGCUUCAAAUCAAAUUAGUAAUUACAUGUAGAUACCAAUGUCACAAUAUUAUUAUUAAGAUUUGAAGUUUACUUAUUCCUAUUACUUUGCACUUUAACAAUUUUCUUUUUGUUACCAAUCUUGAUAGUGAAAAUGACAAUAAUUAUGGAAUGUAAUGAUUUGGAUGCAAUGCUAGUAACAAAAUGCCAUUAAUCCCAGAGAGAUAUUGCAUAACAGCCUUGUUUUAGCUGCCAAUGGACAACAGUUAAGCACAAUUUUGCUUUAUUUACAAAUAAUACUGAUCAGAUCACACAAUGACAUGGCUGGUAGAGGUGCGCCAGCGACCCGGGUUUGAUCCUGAGUGGAGAUUCUGUGUGGAGAUUGCACGUUCUCCUUGCGACGGCAUGGUUUUCCUCCGGCGCUCCCGUUUCCUCUCGUUUGUAGGUUUAUUGGCUGCUGUAAAUUGCCCCUAUUGUAUAAAGGGCCUGUCCCACGAGCAUGCGUCAUCGCGACCUAACGUGGUCGCUUGAGCCGUACGGCCUCGCAGGGCCGGUCCCACUUCGAUCGCCGGAGCCGUAUGGAGUUGUGCGGAGCUGGUCCCGACAUCGCGCGGGGCUCCGAAAAACUGACACUGUCCAAAAAUUCCGCGUGGCAACGGCCUGCUGGCCCGCAGCCGCAUUGAGGCCAUACGCACCGCCUCGAUGGGCAUGCGCAGCGUCAUGACGCCGUACGUCACACGCGAACUUCCCACGGACUUCGCUCGAACUUCACAUCAACUCGUACGGGAUCACUCGACCUCCGCGCAGCCCCCGCUUCCGGUUUGGUCGCGCUCGCCGCAUGCAGUCGCAUGCUCGUGGGUCAGGCCCUUUAGGAGUGGUUGCUAAAUUGUGAUAAUAUAGAACUAAGGUGAAUGGGUGAUCGAAGGUUAGCAUGGAUUCUGUGGAUCGAAGGGCGUGUUUCCAUGCUGUAUCUCUAAACUAAACUAGAACCUUUUACACUUAUGCCUAUGCACAUAAUUACUUCCAAAUAGCAUUCAAGAUCAUGAGUUUAUGAAUAGAUCAAUAUUUUCUAAUGUGAAGGAUUUUAAGGAAAGCAUAAUUAUGAUUGGGCUAGUGGUAUCAAGGGAUAUGGGGAGAAGGCAGGCACGGGUUAUUGAUUGGAGACGAUCAGCCAUGAUCACAAUGAAUGGCGGUGCUGGCUCGAAGGGCCGAAUGGCCUCCUCCUGCACCUAUCUUCUAUAUUCUAACUCAGAAUUCCUAAUACAAUUUUCAUGGGUUUCUCCAAAAUAAAAAAGACUCUUUUCAUAAGUAAGUUAAAAACUGAGGGGAAAAAAACCUACUAAUGCUAGAAAUCUACAACGGAACAGAAGAUGCUGGAAAUAUUCAGCAGAUUAGGCCACAUCUAUGGGAUAAGAAAUUAAGUAAAAGUUUUAGGUUAGAGAUCCUGUGUCAGCAGUGAUGAAGUUCUGAUGAAAGGACUCUGACCUUAAACUUUGAAUCUUUUUUCCCCCAACAGAUGCGGCCUGACCUGCUGAGUAUUUCCAGUGUUUUCCGUUUUUGUUCUGCUCUUUUCACACAUGGAAACAUUAUGUACUGUGUAGAAUUUAAUAGAAUAGAAACAGACUAUUCGAUCGCAUAUAUCUAUGUUUAUACUUCACAGAUUAACUUCUGCCCAUCAUAUUUCUCAUUGUCCGAACAAAAUAACUUUUUAGAAUUUGUUUUUCUCCCAUAUGUUCUUAUUCAUAAAUUUAGCAAUGUUAUAAUGUCUUACCCUUGAUAUAGGUAGCACUUUUAAAAAUUAUUUAUGCUUUGGCUGUUGCAUUUCUUGUCAAGGCAAGCAUUUAUAAGUCAACCCCUCUUGCAACUGAGCUGGCGGUGAAUCAGCCUUGAAUUGCUGCAGUAUUUGGUGAAGCUACUCCCACCAUUAUGGGCAUACUGGAUUUUUUAAACUCUGUUUUAAAUUCCAUUAGCUCUUUUAAACACCUUUCAUUGCACCAAUUUUUAGCUCAUUACCCGCAGAAUCCUUUUCAUUUCAAAAAGGUGAACUUAGUUGAUUCUGGCAUAGGGGUAGGUGUAGGAAGGGUAAAGUUAAGCGGUUGGCAAUUGUGUGCAGGUCUUAGCUUUUAUAAAUGUUAAUAGUUUGUAUAUUGUUCCAGGGGAUAAUUUUAUGAAAAUAGAAUGUGAAUAUCUUUUAGUCCAUUGUGGGGUGGAAUGCUUUUCUGAGAAAUCCAGAAUUCAGUCAUUUCAUGUACCAUAUGCACAUGUAAAAUACUUACUAUGUACAUAUGACGACCCAGAAUCUUGUACAGUUAUUGAUAGGACAUGUAAAUAUGGCGGUUUUUGCCUGACAAUGUAUAUUUGAAAUGUACUGUUCAUAAUACAAUGCAUUAGCUACAGAAUAUAAUCUGCAGAAGUAACCUGCUCAACCAAGUAACUUGCUCAACAGAAAUGUUUUUCUUGAAUUAGAUGUUUGCUGGCUCCAACACAGAUUGUUUAAAAUACUUUUUUUUAAACUGAUUUUGCAUUUGGUAAUUUUGUUUUUGCUUUGUAAUCUUUGUAAUCGAGGCAAGGUGACAUAAAUUGUACCAUUAAAUCAAAUAUGACCAGUUUUGCCAUUCAUUUUCUCAAAAAGAAUAUAUGAACAUCUAGUAAAGUCACUAUGAUAUUAGUAUUAUUUAGAUUUGUUUAGUAUAGGUGUCAGGAAUUAUGGGGCAAAGGCAGCUGUGAUUGAAUGGUGGAGUUGACUUGAUAGGCCAAAUUGCCUAAUUUUGCUUCAGUCAUUUAUGAAAUUAUUAACUUGUUUUUGGACAUAAUGAGAAUCAUGUUCACUUUGUUUGGAAUAAUUUCACAAAUUGCUUGGAUUUGGCUCAGCCAGAGAAAUAUCACACUUGGAGGGUUUUAACGAUGUCCACAAGUUUAUAUUUGUAUGAUGGUCUAAGUGUAAUUGGCACAGUAAGGAAAAAUAAAUAUCUGCUUCUAAACUCAAGUUAGUUGGGUAAAACUCAAAUUUUGAGUCAAGCGCAAACAAAUCAUACGGAUAAGGAUGGUUAAGGAUGGUUUGUUCCAUGCUCAAAUACAUCAUAUGAAGAAACUAGCAUGGUUUUUAAGUCAUGCAAGAGCAGAACUGCAGGAAACGGAGGAGACAUGAGAGAGGGCUUAUAGGGAAGAAUUGUUCUCAACUUUAGAUUUCUGGGCUUUUAAGCUAUCUUUUCUCCCCAAAUACAGAAGAAAGAAAAAAAGGAAUGACUCAUAAUGAGCAGCAAGCAUCCUUGAUGUAAUUCUUGCUUCCCUUCUGCAAAUCAUUGUGAAAUUGGACUGAAUGGGAUGAAGUGAUGAGACUGUGAAAGAAGGAAAUGAUGCAAUGGGCGUUGUUCACCACUCUCUGCAGUCAGUCAAGGUUUACAUCUUCAUUAAAAGUCAUACAGUACAGAAACAGGCUUUUGGGGGCUAAAGUCCUUACCAAAUUGCCUACUUGAGCUAAUCCCAUUUGCCUGCAUUUGGCCCAUAUCCCUCUAAACCAUUAAAAAAUUGGUACCUCCCGAGUGUAUAGAAGGAUCUUGGGGCCCAAGUCCAUAGUUCCCUGAAUGUGGCAACAUAAGUAGAUAGAGUGGUAAAGAAGGCUUAUGAUAUGCUUGCCUUCAUUGAUAGAGGCAUUGAGCAUCAUGAUGAUUGGAACUGAAAA